AUGGCCUCGUCCUCUUCUGCCACUUCGUCAAGCAUCGACAUCACGGGGUGUGACCGGCAGCUGCAGAGCCCCCUGUUCAGCGUCCUCCCCGGCGAGAUCCGCAACGAGAUCUUUGCGCUCGCGCUCAUCCAGUACGAGGAUGACGAGUCGGCGUACCCCGAGGACUCGUUCUGGUACAGGCCGGGGUUCACGGGGCCGAGGAGGAGCAGCAGCAGCCUCCUCCGGACAUGCAAGCUGGUGUACGCCGAGGGCCAGAAGGUGUUUCUGAAGGAGCUCGAGUUUGCAUUCUGGUUUGACCGCGGCCCGGAUGGACGCUCCGGCACCCUCAACUGCAAGCGCUUCUUCAACGAGCUCACACCGCAGCAGUCGGGCGACCUGCAGCGGGUCCGCUUCUUCACGCAGCUGUACUGGCUCGAGGACGGCCGGAACCUGCAGUGGCUGUUUGCGCAGCCGCAGUUCCGGCCCCGGACGCUGACCAUCACGGUGCGGUACUCGGACUGGUGGUUCUGGGAGCAGGACGAGCCGCUGCGCAUGGGGGAGGCGUGGCUGCGCGGGUUCAGGGGGCCGACGGGCCUGCGAGAGCUACGGGUCGAGUACGAGACGCUGGCGGGCAAGAGGGACGAGAUGAUGGCCAUUGUCGAGAGGAACAAGCGGUGGCGGCUCGCCGUCGGGGAACGCGGCGCGGACGGGGAGGAGCAGGAGGGCGGGUACCUGAGCGCCGAGCGGACGAGGCUGGCGGAGUGGCGGUGGAGAGGCACGAGUCGGCUGGGCGGCCAGGAGUGGGCGCACCACGGGGACGGGGACACGGUCGAGUACGUCGUCGUGACGGACACCUGGAGGUUCGUGGAGGGGGCCAUGGACGAGGAGGAUAGGGCGAGGCGCUUUGAUCCGCCCGUUUACAGCGACCGCCCUGGCCGUAGAGCGGGCAGGAUAGGGAGACCGGAGCUGCGUACCUAG